UCAGAUUUAUUAGUUAUUUUUCAUUAAAUCCAGCAAAAAAUGAAGCACCUUCUUGGAAAUGCGUUUCUUGCUUUCGUGGUUAUCAUCAAUUUUGGAGAACUAAAUGCCCCUAGGAUACAUAGACCACAUACUCGAAGAUUUUCAUAUCUUGAUCACUGGAUUCUAGUGUGGGAUGAUGCGGAUGGACACCCGGCCCGUAUGCGGCUUGAAGAGCGCAAUCAAGAAAUACCUCCCGAAUGGCACGCACAGUACGAGGUUGAACAAUACUUGGAAUUUAGAGAAGACAUAUAUUUUCUGGUGACCACGAUGAAAUAUAAUGGAGUGAGGAAAAUUGCAAGAGUUGAUAAUCCACGAAUGUAUAAUAUUGCAGGAUAUUCAAACUAUCCUGAAGAACCACAUUCAUCCAAGGAAUUUGCUGCAAGACAAGUUGAUAUAUAUCGUAGGGGAAAUCGUCUAAUAAGAGUGAGAUUUUCAGAUAGAAAUGUAAUCCCACUUCAAAGUGAUGAGGCACGCUACCAAAUUGAAAAAGAUACGACAUGGUUCACUAACUUCCGAAUGACGUUUUACACAUUGAAGUUUGGAUACGUUAUGGGAGUGAGGCUUGCUACGAAUUAUGAAUGAAACCAUUCCUUAUGUAAA